AUGACUCGCCGCUGGUUCAACACAGUGGACGCUCAGAAACUCCUGGGUGAGCCUUCAGAGCCUGAUGGAAUACUCUUUGUGGAUGUAGGAGGCUCCAAUGGUGCAGAAGCUUCGGCCAUGGCUCGAGCGUACCCAAAUCUGAAAGGUUCAAUCAUUGUGCAAGACCUAGCAGGGCCUAUCGAGGAUGGCAAGUCAAGGCUUGCCACAAACGUCACCGGGCAAGUCUACGACUUCUACACGCCACAGCCUGUCGUUGGAGCCAAGAACUAUUUCCUUCACCAAGUCCUUCACGACUGGCCAGAUGAGCAGUGCAGAAAGAUCUUGACCAACCAGAAAGAUGCUCUUGUAAAGGGCUACAGCAGGAUCCUCAUCAACGAAAUCGUUGUACCAGAUCGUGGCGCCGGAUGGUAUGAAGUUGGUGUCGACAUGAUCAUGAUGUGUUGCCUGUCGGCUACAGAGCGUACGGAGUCGGAGUGGCGUGCGCUGAUCGAAUCUGCUGGUCUCCAGAUGACUGAGAUCUUGGACUGUGAUGGAGCGGGAGAAAAGAUCAUUGUAGUCGAACUGCCGUAG